AGUCGCAUACCUUUCCCCAGACUACGCCCCACUCACCCUCGCAACGGCCUUUUUGGCAUCGGAUCUCUGCCCACCCAGUCCCGUCGCCGCCGUGUGACAGCGGGCACUGCGGGUCCCCUGGGGCGCUGCGGCCUCCUCUGGGAAAUCUGAAGGCGGGCGGCGCCUCUCUCACUCGUCCUUUUUGCAGAGCCAGCGGUCUAGACUCCUGAACAGUGGUUAAAGGGUUGGGGUGGGUCACAGGCCUGUGUUCGAAUUUCUCCUUUGCCCUAGACUAGCAGUGUAACAAGCUUGAACCAGCCUUUUGCCCUCUGAACCUCAGUUCCCCUAUCUGCAAGAAGAGGUGAAUAAUAGUACUUUGUACAGAAGCUGUGGAAAGGAUUAAUGGGAUAAAAUAAUGAUGCAGAUAAAGCACUUACAUAUAACACAGGUCUUGACAUAUAAUAAGCACCUAACAAGCAGCUUAACAAAUGACGAUUAUUGCUGUUUUUAUCUAGGCUUGAGUCUGUGAUUACAGUCGUAACUGAGCAUUUAGAUCCUUGACCUACCUGGUUCUUGUUCUGUUAUCUUUUCCAUGUUGUCCCUCCACCUAUAUUCAUUUCUUUUUAAGCCACGCCCCCUGCAGAUUUCUGCUGGAAUUUAGGGGUAAGCAUGGUAGGUGUAGAGAUGCCUCAGUCAGGUCCCUGCCUUCUUUCUGGGGAGACAAACAUAAACAGACUUUACAGCCAGUGGUAGAGAGACCAAGGGGUGGAGCAACCGGCUCUGCUAAAGAGAAGUGGUGUGAAACCUACACAUCUGGGCUAGGUUGGGAAGGAUGAACACGUUUUACAGGCCAUGUUCAAAGAUUCAAAAGUGGUGCAGGAAACAGGAGUGGCAGGAGAGAGCAAGAAUGGCUAGAUUGGAACUAGCUUAUGAAAAGUGUUGAAUACACUGCAAAAAUCUUUACUGCUGUCCAAAGAAUGAGUAGGAGAAGAACAGUGCUGGAUGUAGGAAAACUAGUGGAGAGGCUGUUAGAUUAUUUGGGGAAAGGGGAGGGAGGUGGUGGAAAUUAUGAAAUGAACUAAACUAAGAACUGGAAAUGGAGAAAAGAUUUAGAGACAGACUCAUAGAUACAGAUAACAGAAUGGUGGAUACCAGAUGAGGGGACUAGGGAAGAACAAAGAGUGUAAUGAGAUUCAAGUAUAUGGUUACAGAAGGAGACUAGGCUUCGGAUGGCAAGCACGCAAUGGAGUAUACAGAUGUAUUAUAAAGUUGUACACCUGAAAUUUAUAUAAUAUUCACCAAUGUUAUUUCAAUAAAUUUAAAGAAAGAUUUAGAGAGACUGUUGGGGGUAGAAUGGACAGGAUUUUGGAUCUGGAGAGUUAAUAAUAAAAAGUAAAGGUUGAUGUGAUUUUUCUAGUUUGGAAGAUGAUGUAGAUCUUAAUGCCAUUAGCUGAAUUAGGGAAUUAGAGACAAAUUCAACUCAAAAUAAUUGAGAAAUAAGAUAAGAUAUGUGUUAAGGAAGAGAUGAGCAUUCCUAGUGGUAAGUUCUCUAGAAAUUCAGAGCAGGAGGUAAUGAGCCCUGCUGAUAGUCUGUGGAGGUGGUGGGUGAGGUGGCAUUGUGCUGGGCCUUGUCAGGGAGCUAAAUUUCAUGGGGCAGAGAUGGGCACUUUAGAGAGGCUGAAAAGCACAAGGCCUAUUCUAAGGUAGUAAAGCCCUAGUGAGACGGGCUUAAAUGUGGAGAACAGAUCACCUCAGUUUUCUGUUUUCAGGGUUUACCACCCAGGAUGACUUCAGUGACUAGAUCAGACUCUGUAGAAGACCUUUUUAUAACAAGCGAUGGAGGAGGAACAAGUGACGUCUAAGACUCAUGACCAUCAACUGGAAUCAGAUCCCAGCCCUGUGGAAGUGUGUAAUAAAUCAUCUGCCUCUCUGGAGAUGACUCAAAGUGUUUCAAAGGAAAGAAUUCAUCUUGACUCUAGCCUUAAAAAAGAGGGCAGUUGUGAUCUCAGCCACCAGGAAGGACUUCAGUCCACAUCCCUUCAUUUGUCCCCCCAAGAACAGUCUGCCCAUCAUCAAGACAGGAGGCAAUCCUGGCGGCGAGCAAGUAUGAAAGAAAUGAACCGGCGAAAAUCACUGCCUCCCUUUCAUCAGGGCAUCACAGAACUCAGCAGAUCCAUCAGUGUCAGCUUAGCAGAAAGCAAACGGCUUGGUUCUCUCCUGCUUUCCAGUUUCCAGUUCUCUGUUCAGAAACUUGAACCUUUCUUAAGGGGCACUGAGGGCUUCAGUCUUGAAAGCUUCCGAGCCAAAGCAUCUUCUCUUUCUGAAGAAUUAAAACAUUUUGCAGACAGCCUGGAAAGUAAUGGCACUCUACAGAAAUGUUUUGAAGAUUCAAAAGAAAAAGCUUCAGAUCUGUCUCUGGAAACAUCAGUGGCUGAGAUGAAGGAAUACAUAACAAAGUUUUCUUUAGAACGUCAGACUUGGGAUCAGCUCUUGCUACACUACCAGAAGGAGGCUGAUGAGAUCAUAUCCAGAGGAGCAACUGCAGCCGAAAUUACUGAAGUCGAAGUGGAACCUACAACAUGUUUUGGGUCUUCUCAGAUUGAAGUCCUUAACACAAAGCCUGACUACCAGGAGAUAUUACAGAACCAGAGCAAAAUCUUUGAUUGUAUGGAGUUGGUGAUGGACGAACUGCAAGGAUCAGUCAAGCAGCUGCAUACCUUUAUGGACGAAGGUACCCAAUGCCUCCAGAAGGUGUCAGUACAGCUUGGGAAGAGAAGCAUGCAACAAUUAGAUCCCUCACCAGCUCGAAAACUGCUCAAGCUCCAGCUACAAAAGCUGCCUACUGCACAUUGCUCUAAAUCUUUUCAGUGACCUUAUACAGCUUUUCUGCCACAAGGUGCUCUAGAGGAGAAAAAUGGGAAGGGUGUUGCAGUGCAUGGCGACUGUGUGGCAAAUGAGCCGUUGAUAUCUGCCCGGUUGCCUUUAAGGAUAACUGGCUGACUAUAGAGCACUUCGAUUUUUUUCUAAAAGUUUCAACAUUUAUGUAUCCAAAAGAAUGUUGUAUAGAUACUUUUUCCAAGAAUGUGCAAAUACUUUAAAUUUUUGGAAUGACCUUAAGAACUAGUAGCCAAUUCUUUUAAAUAUUCUUUGUCAUCAGAAAUCUUCAUCUUGUGUAGAUGUUUUUCAAGUCAUUCCAGAGUUAUUCAGGGUCAAAUCCAGUGAAACAUUUUGGGGGGUCAAGUUGGGUUCUGGUUGUAAAGGAAUGAGACUAAUUUUCUAGUGUGGCCCUGAGGUGACUUUAGGUAGAGAAAUUGUGGGCAUUGUUUAACAUCAUGUGGAUACUUAUAUCACUUCACAAAUCGAAGGAAAUACCACUUAUUCUCUAUGUCCUAAUGCCUAUAGUGUGCUUCAGCUUUUAAUAUUGAGUCAGCAUCUUAAAUUCUGGAUUCAAGAAGGGGGCUAAGUAUUCCUUUUCAUUGUUCUCUAUAUUUGGUAAUAAUUGCAUUAUAAAAUUGUACAUAAUUAAAAGA